AUGUUCAUUGGCCCAUUGAUUAUUCACAGUGUGAUCGAGAAGUAUUUGGUUCACGGAAUGUUCCUGCUAAUGGGAGCAGUGCUGUUCAACGUGACAGCGUUGGCUAUGUUGAUAAGGCCUUCGCCAUUUUCAAAGAGAAAGGAAACAUCGAAAGAGACAGAAUCAAAAGAACGUGUAACUGUAACGGACACUCUGGCUGAUAUAUUACAUAUCAUGAGGAAUUUUGGCUUUAUGUGCUACUUUUUCAGCAUGUAUGCUUGGUCAGCGGCAGAAUCCGUCGUGAUGAUUUUUCUACCCAUGUACGCUGAAGAGCAAGGAUCAACGAAAAUACAAGCAGCGACCUUAUUUACUGGUUACGGUAUAUGUAGCUUGAUUUCCAGACUGGUGAUUGGGUUAAUCGCUGGACACGUCAACAAAUCAUUAUUACAUGCAUCAUUAUUAGGACUAACCGCUAUGUUGCACUUAUCUUUUCCAUCCUACUCAUCAGAAUGGACGAAUCAGAUGAUGUAUAGUGCUGCUUUAGGUCUAUAUACAGGUGGCGCCACGACAUUACUCAGCCCUCUUACAGUUGAGUUCCUGGAACUGAAAUAUCUACCUCAAGGAUUUGGUAUAUUAGCCAUGGCAUCAGGCCUUGCUUACCUGACCGUCCCUGUUGUAUCAAGUGAAAUUGUGUCAAGAACUGGUUGUUUGUCGUACGUUUUCUAUUUAGCUGGAGGUAUGGUGUUUUUGGGAUGUAUAGCAGCCUUAAUUGGUGGUGUAUUUAUAGAAAGAAGGGCGGCAGAUGACCACACUAUGCUGGAAGUGGAACUAAAUGAUAAAGUUAGUCAUAUAGAACAAUUAGAACGGGAAGACUUAAUCUUGAAGAAUGGAAAAGACAAUGAAACAGUACUGACAGGGUUAAUCAAAAAUAGAGAAAGCGAUGUUACUUGAUGUUUCAAUAAGACUUUGCUUUUCUUACUUUGCAAAUUGUGUUAUUACUUGUCUGCGAUAGCUAUUUUCGAGUAUUUAAUAUUGUAUUUUUUUAACGGUUUCGUUUCCCCCCUAUAUACGACACAUGUGUGAAGUUGAAUAUAGGAAUUUAAGAUCUUUGAAUAAUGCGAGGACGAAAUACUAUAAUCUGCCUCGGUGUCGAGAAACAGCAAAUAGUAUCUGUAUCAAUUGAACUUCAUGAAAAAUGUACCGCCAUAGGUCUGAAAUCUAUUACAAAUUUUAACAUGACAAGCUAUUACAAACGUCAACAUGACAAGCUAAUACAAACUUCAAUAUGACAAGCUAUUACAAACUUCAACAUGACAAGCUAUUACAAACUUCAACAUGACAAGCUAUUACAAACUUCAACAUGACAAGCUAUUACAAACUUGUAUUCUUGUAUCACAGAAUGCAGCGAUUUGAUUGAAUUGUACGCCAACGAAUACAGCCAAUCAUAGCCCUCUAUUCAAUAUAGCGUACAAUACAAUAAAAUCGCUUCAUUUACAAACUUCCAUGAUACAAGAAAGGUGGCUAUUGCAGGUAUAAGACGAAGUUCGUCAUAACUUGACAUUGGAAGAUGUUAAGAGAAGAGAACUGGUUAUGCUUGUACGUGAAUUAAUUUGUAUUAUGUAUUAUAAUAGAACAAACACCGAAUGUUUUGAGUGAAAGUACACAUAAAAUGUUACAUUUCACUAAAUAGCAGUCUGAUUUACAUAAUCUGAUGAUUCAAAUGUCACUGUGGUUUGCUUUCACAUUUCUUGUCAAUAAUAUACAAUUUCUAUCAACUGGUAAACGUAACAGCUGGUAGACAGAUUUUAGACAACCAUAUCAUAUCAACGUAUAGGGCAUGUAUAUUGUUACAUUAACCUAGCAUGUGAUUGUCACCUACUAUUGAUUAAUGUCAAUAUAGGAUCUUGACGAAAACAGUUAAAAAAAGCUACAAAAGCAGACUGUGGGCGCAGGGCGCAGAAUUACUCAACUGUUAAGGCUGUAGUCCAAAUUUGGCUACUCUGUGGAGGUGUCAUAGUCGUAAGCUUCUAGUCUGAGAGGGUUCUCUCAAAAAAAUCUUAGAAAAAAUAAAUUGAUUUGGUGCAUUCUGAAACAUAUUUGAGACAAAAACUUAU